AUGAGUCCACCUGAUAUUCAGAAUCAGAAAUAAUUGAAAACUUCAGGCACUGCUCCAAAUCUUCAUACAAAUCCCUCAGUUACAAAUAUUGGAAGAAGCAAGCCCACAAUAUCAAAUCAAGUGACUGGAGCAUUUAAAGACAAGCCACCAAUUUCGUAAUCAAUGACUAAAGCUCAAAUUCCAUUGAAUAACCCCCAUUCUUAGAAAAAUAAACUCUAGAUAAUGUCAGCGAUGACAUCGAGAGUAUUACAGAAAGAAAAGUAGAUGUCUUCCACUUCUAACCUUCAUUCUUUUGCUAAUCCAUCUUCUAAUUUGAAUUAGCAAAAUAGAACAAAUUUUAAAAGAACUUAAGAAAUUAAAACUAAUGAUUACCUUAUGAAUACCACGAGUAUGAUCAAUAAGCUUGAUACUUCAGACAACAAAUCUUUUGUCAAUAACAGUGAAUAAGUAAGGAAAAGUUCACCUCACACAAACUUUGAUACAGAUAAUAUUGCCUCAAUUUAGAUAGAACCAUUUCAAAACAUCUCUAAUAGAAUCUAUUAACAGUAAUAUAACUAGUUCAACAGCGGUGGUAAUACUUUGAGCAAUAAUUAGAAACUAGAUCACUCUGCAAACGAAGGAUAUUCUUCAACUCUUACUCCCUUCAAAGGAAGUGCUUAAGAAAACUAGGGAUUUAAUAGCGGAAUGAUUCCAAUCAUAAACUAGACCAAAUUUUAUAAUCAUCCUCCUCAAUACAAUUCACAUUAGGUUUAACCAGGCUAAUAUGGAAGACUACAUAGUAAGAGUGCUCAUGUUGCAGCAGCUGAAUAGGAAAGAAGUACAGAACAUCAAGAUGAAAAUAUAGAUAUGUACAAGAUGCAACAAAGACUGUUAAGAAAGCUCAAAAACUAAAGAAAGAAGCCAAAUUAAGGUUAAAACUAAUAACCAAAGUAAAAAAGAACAAACACUUCCUAAAUUCGUUAAAGCUAACUUAAGACUGUUUAAAAUGAGAAUGUAAAUUCGAUGCUUGUUAUGUCAGGCUAGACCACCGGACCACUAACUAUGAGAUAGCAGUAAAGUUAAAAGCAUUUAAUGGUAGAUUAAGUUUAUAAUCCCCAAAUAAGGCAGAAUUUUACUCCAAAUAACCAAGACAUGGCUCAUUCUCCACUUUAAAAAUCAUAUUUUUCUCAAUAGCAAUAGUAAAAUUUUUAACAACAAUAUCAGAAUACUUACUCUAAUCUUUAAUAAUAGAGAAAUUAGUAGUAAAAUAUGCAUGCUUUGGCAUUGUCUUAUUAAGAAUAAAAAAUAAGAACUUUAAAGUUCGGUGAAUCUGGAUAGAUAAUUCCUACUGAUAUAGUCAUAACUAUGAUUCAAUACGAUACAAUACUGUUUUAAAAGUUUAUGAUGCUUUCACCAUCAUGGCAUACUAGUGCGCUUUAGGCUAUUGAUGAGCAUUGCAAUAAGAUUGAAAAUCAAUUCGUCUAGAAUUACAUUGAUUACUUUUUCUUUAAACAGUCAUAUACUUAAACAAUGCCAAUUAAGUUCUGUGGAGAAAAAGGUUUAAGAUUAGAUAGAGUUAUUGAAUGCGAAUUACUAGCAAAUAAAGCUAUAAACUCUGGAAACAAAACAGUCAGAAUAUCUUGUUCAUACAAAGUUUUUGGAGAUAAAACUACCUAUAAAGCUGAAUACAAGUUUGAUGCUUGUAAGCAAGGAACUAAACGUCUAUUUUGGCUUCAUCAAGACACUGCAAAUAAAGAAACAUAUACUCAGCCAAUUUAAUAAGUAUGUGUUGGGGAUAGCAUUGAGUUCUCAGUUAGUUUGUUGUCACUUCAAGGCUGUGUUUCAGAGAUUAAAUGGGAAAAGCCUCUGAUUUAAGAAACUCCGAAAUAGUCAGUUCUUAACUAUGACAAAGAUUGGACAAGAAAGACAUCAUUUUUCAGGAUUGGAGAUAGCUCCAUAAAGAUAUACUGCGAUCUGAAUAGAAUUUGCGAGCUAGAAGAUGCCGUUGUUGAAUGGUAUGAAGAACCUUACUACCAGAAAAGGACUGAUUUGUUCGACCUUAGUUUUUUGAAAGAUUACUUUAAUAUCAAGAAAAUAGAAUAUGCAGGAGUGGACGGGACUAUCUGCAAGAUCAAUAUGAUUGCAUAGAAAGAAGGCUCGAUAGAUAAAUCUAAAUUGGGAUUGAAAGUUUCUAUAAAGGGUUAAAAAAGUGAACUUCUAAAUGAGAUCAAAAGACUUGGGUAUCUGAAGGACAGGGAACUUCCAGUUUAGAUUAGAGUCGGAGAUCAUGUUAUAGCAUACAUAUCGAAAUAAAUCGCUUGA